GCGGCCACUUCCUGUGUGAGGUCUGCGCCUUCAGCCGCUCCAGCUCGGCUGCUCCUCCGCCGGCUCCUGGCUCCGCACACCCGGGUGGAGGCGAAGCUUCCGUGGGCGGCGUGAGGCUCCGAGAGCCCGCAGUGCUGCGAGGAUCCCGGCGGGAGCAGCAGCAGCAGCAGCAGCCGUGGAUGCGGAUCAGACCAGCGGGUCGAGCCUGUCCUCCUCCCCGCCUCCCGGCUGCUCCGAGCGGCCCGGCUCCGGCAGACGCCGCGGACAGAGCCAGAGGGACCGGGGCUGAUGGCCUCCAUCACCGCUAUCACCUCCAUCACCUCCACCAGCAGCUGCCCCUGUGCCCGCUAGUCGGCUCCAGGCUCGUCCAGCAGGGGGGAGCUCGGGUUAGUGGUGGCCGUGGAUGGUGCCGAGGCUCCGGGCGAGUGGAUGAGCAGCCUCGGAGAUGGCUGUCCUCAAGCUGGCCGAGCAGCCUCCCCUCAUCCAGGCGAUCUUCAGUGGAGAUCCCGAGGAGAUCCGUAUGCUCAUAUACAAGUCUGAAGACAUCAAUGCUCUGGACACGGAGAAGCGCACGCCGCUGCACGCCGCGGCCUUCCUGGGCGAUGCCGAGAUCACCGAACUCCUCAUCCUCUCCGGGGCCCGGGUCAACGCCAAGGACAACAUGUGGCUCACCCCCCUGCAUCGCGCCGUGGCGUCCCGGAGCGAGGAGGCCGUGCGGGUUCUGAUCCGUCACUCUGCCGACGUGAACGCGCGGGACAAGAACUGGCAGACGCCGCUGCACGUCGCGGCGGCCAACAACGCCCUGCGCUGCGCCGAGGUCCUCAUCCCGAUGCUGAGCAGCGUGAACGUGUCGGACCGAGGCGGACGCACCGCCCUGCACCACGCCGCCCUCAACGGCCACACGGAGAUGGUGAAUCUUCUGCUCACAAAAGGAGCGAACAUUAACGCCUUCGACAAGAAGGACGGCCGGGCGCUGCACUGGGCUGCGUUCAUGGGUCACUUGGACGUAGUGUGUCUCCUGGUGAGUCAGGGUGCAGAGAUCAGCUGUAAGGACAAGCGGGGGUACGCACCACUGCACGCGGCGGCCUCCAGCGGACAGAUCGCGGUGGUCAAACAUCUGCUCAACCUGGCGGUGGAGAUAGACGAGUCCAACGCGUUUGGGAACACGGCGCUCCACGUGGCCUGUUUCAACGGUCAGGACGCCGUUGUCAGCGAGCUGAUCGACUACGGCGCCAACGUCAGCCAGCCCAACAACAAGGGCUUCACCCCGCUGCACUUCGCCGCCGCGUCCACACACGGCGCGCUCUGUCUGGAGUUCCUGGUCAACAACGGGGCCGAAGUCAACGUGCAGAGUCGCGAUGGCAAGAGUCCUCUUCACAUGACAGCGGUUCACGGACGCUUCACCCGCUCCCAGACCCUCAUCCAGAACGGCGGCGAGAUCGACAGCGUGGACAAGGACGGGAACACGCCGCUCCACAUUGCGGCCCGCUAUGGCCACGAGCUCCUCAUCAACACGCUCAUCACAAGCGGAGCAGACUGCACCAGGCGAGGAAUCCACGGCAUGUUUCCUCUGCACCUGGCUGCCCUGAACGCUCACGCUGACUGCUGCAGAAAGCUGCUGUCCUCAGGCUUCCAGAUAGACACCCCGGACAGCCUCGGGAGGACGUGCCUACAUGCCGCCGCCGCCGGAGGAAAUGUGGACUGCGUGAAGCUUCUCCUGAGCAGCGGGGGGGAACACAACAGGAGAGACAACUGUGGCAGGACGCCCCUCCAUUAUGCAGCCGCCAGCCGUCACUACCAAUGUCUGGAGACUCUGGUGGCUUGUGGCACCGCCAUCAACGCCACUGACCAGUGGGGGCGCUCGGCCUUGCACUAUGCAGCCGCCUCAGACCUGGAGAAGAGGCGCCGUGUUGCCCUGGAGCCCGAGAGCGAAGGAGUUCAAGCAGAGAGAGAGAAAGAGGCAGCGCUAUGUCUGGAGUUCCUGCUUCAGAGCGGCGCGACGGCCUCGCUCAAGGACAACCAGGGCUACAGUCCCGUCCACUACGCUGCGGCCUUCGGACAUCGCCACUGCCUGGAACUGCUGCUGGACAGAGAUGACGGUCACCAGGACGACCCCGAGUCUCCGAGCGCCCGGAGCCCUCUGCACCUCGCCGCGUACCACGGCCACGCUCAGGCUCUGGAGGUGCUGCUGCAGGGGGAGAGGGACGUGGACCAGGGGGACGAGUUGGGGAGGACGUCUCUGGCCCUGGCCGCCCUGAGGGGCCACACCGACUGCGUUCACACCCUCCUCAGCCAGGGGGCAUCGCCUCACUCCACCGAACAGCAGUACGGACGCACACCUGUGCACCUGGCAGUGAUGAACGGCCAUACGACGUGCGUGCGCCUCCUGCUGGACGAGUCGGAGGGUUCAGACCUUCUGGAUGCUGCGGACUCUCAGGGACAGACUCCUCUGAUGCUGGCGGUGGCAGGAGGCCACGUUGAUGCCGUGUCGCUGCUGCUGGAGAGGGAAGCCAGCGUCAACGGGGCGGAUAAUAACGGCCUGACUGCGCUGCAUCUCGGGCUGCUGUGCGGUCAGGAGGAGUGUGUCCAGUGUCUGCUGGAGCAGGAGGCCUCGGUUCUGGUGGGCGACUCCCGGGGUCGCACGGCCAUCCACCUGGCGGCCGCCCGAGGCCACGCGUCCUGGCUGAGCGAGUUGCUGAGCAUCGCCUGCUCCGAGCCGUCGUCUCUGCCGCCCCUGAGAGACAGCAGUGGCUACACGCCGCUGCACUGGGCCUGCUACUACGGUCACGAGGCAUGUGUGGAGGUUUUGCUGGAGCAGAAAGGCUGUCGCUGUAUUGACGGGAAUCCGUUCACGCCUCUACACUGUGCUGUGGUGGAUGAUCACGAGCCCUGCGCGUCGCUGCUGCUGGAGGCGAUGGGAUCAGACAUCGCUGGCUGCAAAGACGCCAAGGGAAGGACUCCUCUUCACGCCGCUGCGUUUGCAGGUCACAUCGACUGCAUCCAGCUACUCCUUUCCCACGAUGCACCUGUAGACACUGUAGACCAGUCGGGUUGCACUGCACUGAUGAUGGCAGCUGAAAAGGGUCGGGCCGAGGCUCUCGAGGUGCUGUUGACCAACGCCAACCUCAGUCUGACAGACAAAGAUGGCAACACGGCGCUGCACCUGGCUUGUAGUAAUGGAAAGGAAGAUUGCGUGUUGUUGAUCCUGCAGAAGCUGUCUGACACGCCGCUCAUUAACGCCACAAACGCAGCGCUGCAAACUCCUCUCCACCUGGCGGCUCGGAGCGGCCUGAAGAAGGCGGUGCAGGAGCUGCUGUCCCGCGGAGCCAACGUCCAGACGGUGGACGAGAACGGUCUGACGCCUGCUCUGGCUUGUGCUCCUAGCAGAGAGGUGGCUGACUGUCUGGCUCUCAUUCUGGCUACCAUGAUGCCUUUCUGCUCCCCUUGCAGCUCCGGGGCUCCCUCCCCAGGCUCCCUGCUGAGGCAGCUGCCCCACCAGGGGGGUAAAGGCUCGGCCCCUCGGGGGCCACGCAGUCCCAGGAACCCCUCGGGGCCCUCCAGCGAGGGAACCACUGAAAAUGACUCCGAGGACUCAGAAACCUUCUGAUCGCCCGCCCAAGCAGACUCUCCCAUUACCUCGAACUGCUCUCUCUCUCUUACACACACCAACAGACACACACACACACACCCGCCUCUUAGAGGGACGAGGUUUCCCUGCACGCUCCUUGAAGCAGAACAGAGGUUUGCAGUGACGGAGCCCCGAACGUUCAAUAUUAAAUAAAUGAGUGUUAUUUCCUCUUAAUUUUCAUAACAACGCCACCCCCCCCCACUGUCUGCUGAGACUUGGAUGCUUUUUAUUUCUCAGCCUGUGGAAAAAACAAAAACAUUAUAGGAAUGAAAACAGUGAGUUGCUUGGAUAAAAACUUUUAAUUUAACUUUUUAAUGUUAUUUAAAGGGAGGGUAAGCGAUUCUUUGUACCUAAACCAAAACAGUUUUCGUCGUAUUCAGUGAAAACCUGGAUGACGUUGUUGGGGUCAGGAGGGAGGAGCUGGCUCAGAUAGCAACAUGCGUUAUCACUUACCCUGCCUUUAAUGCCCUUGAGCAUAGUACGACAUUUAAAGAUAUUCAGCUUCAUGUGGGGAGAGAGAAACUAGCAAAAGUCUCAAGUAAAAACAGGAAAUAUUUAUUUUCAAUCAUUUAAUUAUUUAAAAAAAAAAAGCCACUAUGUGGUUUAUUAUAUUUUUAAUAACCAAAACUCAAUAAACGCCAGAAACAGUAAAAACGGAAAAAAAAUAGUAUGUUCCAGUUUUAUAACAGUUGUUGAACAAAUCAUGUCCGAUGUUCAGACCUUUUGGGGACAAAAACCUUGGAUGGGAAAUGUAAAAUGUUACAUAUAUGUUACAGCGUAUGAAAGGUCCUAAACUUCUGAGGGUUUUUCAGUCUUUGCAGCUUAAAAGUUACAUAAAAAUACACAGAAAAGAGUAUAAUGAUUUAUAAAAUUUUACAAUAUUAAUCCAGUUAUGAAAAUUAAUAUUUAAAUAACACCCGAUGAGUUUUUGAGAGUUUUUUUUUUUUACCUCAUAAAAGGUCUUUAAUGAGUUAAACAUUGAACCUUCGGGGCUCCAUGUGCUGCUGCAGCUUCUGCACCUCUGUGGACCACGGACCCCCACGGCCCCCCACAGACCCCACGGGCUCCCACGGACCCCCACGCUCCACAGAGAAGAAGAGCAGGACCUGGGCCCGGUCCGGUCCAGAAGCGCAUGUGUUCCUCUGCACCACGGUCCGUUCUUCCCACUCACGGGUGCUCAAAUCCAAACCGACCUCGGUACUCGGCGUCUGCGCGGCAACAGCGCCUCGCGCCUCCCGGACGCCAGUUUUCUUUCAAAAAGCCAUUUCUAACUGUUUGUAUAAAAUGAAGCAGACUAUUAAGAAAGAAAAGUGUAAUUUUAAACUUUUAAUGAUUUUUUUUUUUUUUGUUUUUUUUUUCUCUUUUCCCCCUCUUUUUUUUUUUUUUUAAUGCUCGUCCUUGAACCAAAUGUUUGGCGUCCAUGUGUAAGUAACAGACGUGCACUGAAGUGUCACGUCAACAGGUACUUUUUUUAAUAGUUUGGACAUCUGAAGCACAAGUUUGGAGUUUGCUGUUGGGCUCAAUGAAACCUGGCUGGAAUGUGAACUGUACAGCGUCGUAGUCUAGAUGUGGACCAGGCGCCGCCGCGCCGCCGGUACGUCUCAGCUCCCUCAACAGGGUCAGAUCAGAUCUUCAUAAUAACAGGACGACCUCAGACACUCCCAUUAAAUACGUUGUUUACAUUUGUGCCAUCACUUUACCUUCAAAAGGCCAAUUUAAUGGUGCAACUAGAGAUACAUUGAUUGAUUGAUUAAUUGAUUGAUAACUGAAGGUGACCUUUUCCCCCUGGUAAUUUGAUCACCAGGAAGCAUGUCCGAUGUUUUUUAUUGAAAGAAUCCAUUACAUCCAUUAUCCAGAGCUGCUUCCUCGUAUUAAAGUUUCUUUGGGGGGGGAAGGGUCGACGGAUCGGCACUUAUAGAUGAAUAACCACGACCACCAAGCUGUACCGAGGAUUUUAUAACCUUGUGUACAGAAAGGACCCUUUGCACAGGCGUCUCCGUCCCGCCAGCCGUCCUCUGGAAGUACGUCUGUACAGGCGCUCAUCGCCUCGUCGUCCACUGAGAUAAAUCGGUACUUGGAUGUUUAUGUCAAAACUACUUCAGUUUGUGUGUCACCUAAAUAUUUGGAGUCUUUUCAGAGGCUUCAAAUAGCAAUUUACAGUAUUUUUACAUAGUUCCAGUGCGCAGAUGGCCCGACGGAGGGUUUCUUUUAACGCCAGAAUGUUCCUUUAAACCAACACUGACUUAUUAUCUAACAAAGGAUAAGAACCUAAAAAAUAAUAUUAUUAGAUGUUGAUUUUUUCAAAAUAACAACAAAAACCAGCUUAAAGAAGAAGACAUUAGAGACUACAAAACUGUUCACAUUUAGUCUUGUAGGCUUUGAUCUACCAAACUAUUUCUGUAUUUAUGAGGAAAUAAUCAGCACAAACAGGCCAACAGGGUAUUUUCUCAAACACAUUCCUGCUCCGUCUACAGAGCUCCGUGUUGUCAGUUAACCAAAACCCCAUUAUCGUACAGAUAACCCAAAACGAGCGUGAUUUCGCAAAAAUGAUCGCAUGCCACAAAUGAAUCUUAUUCCAAAUUAGACUAAUAGUGAAUAAUAGUCAUGAACAAUACUCACUUUUUGAGAGGUAUUGCUUGUACAGAGGUCAAAAUGAUCGUACAAAUACGAUAAUGAUCGUAUAUCUGGCAACAGUGACAGAGGUGGAGCUCGUCCUCUGUCCCGCUGGGCUUUAAUCUCCGUCCUCUCCCGUCUGAGCAGAGACAUUCAAACUGCCUGGCUGGAUCUUGGAUCUCCAGGUGAGGGAUUUGGGAUGUACCUGGUAAGGAACGUGGUGUGUGUGCAGAACGUCCUGCUGGUCAUUCAUGUUAUACUUUUGCAGCCCAGGGUAGCGAAAUAAGUUCUCACUGGACAGGCGAACACCUUCCCCGCCUGGACGGCUUUAAAUGUCCAAUCACAGUGUCUCGAUUCUCCAAAAGACCAAAACCUCUCUUGUUUUUAGCUUAGCUCUUUGUGCUAUUUAUCGUAUCUGACAUGAUGGUACAGAAACUGCCAGCACUUAAAUGUAAAGGAACACAGGGCCUUGACCACUGUCCUCCCCCCUUCGUCUGCCUACCAACGAUGUGCCAUCGUCUCUAACGUGUCCAGUGCCUUGAUGUUGACUCUUGGUUUCUUUUAUAACAUUUACUGUGUUGGUUCAGUUUUUUUUUAUUUUUUUUUAUUUGUUCUUUAUAGGGUCAGUUCACCAAAAACUAAAACAAAAUAACAGGCGGGUUUGUCCAUGUUUUGAGAAAUUCAAAUAAGAAAGGAGGAUUUUUGCCCUCUGCCUUUGCCUUGAUACAUGAAUGAGAUUCCUGUCGAUGCUGCUGAGAGGAAAAUGAAGUUUCCCUCAACUGAAGUUGGUGAACAAAAACUAGUAAAAACUAGUUUCUGCAAGAUAUUCUUACACUUCAGCUGUCUUCAGUAAAUAGGCUCUUAAACAAGAUGUAUUGCUCCUUCAUUUUAGAAAUGCAGUACAACUGUGUUUUGAUUGUUAAUAAUAAACAGAAUAUUAUAGUUUUGGGAUCAGAGAAAAAAGAUCUAUUUGAAUUGUUGAACUUGGCUUUUUUAAUUGUUUUUAUUAGCAUUUACUUGUUGAAGCUGGUUUGUGUUUCUAGGUUGAACCAACAUGCGUCCGCUGUAGCGGGGAACCUGACCCCGUUAUCUCCUUUUAAACCUGCUUCUGAACUGUCGCCAUCUGUCCGUUAAUUUAUAUGGUGUCAUUUCUGAUGUAGAUCUGAAAACCUUUCCUUCAUGUGUUUUUCUGAACAUUUCUGAAGUUUCCAGUCACGUGGUGGAUUUGGAACAGAAAAGUUUAUGCUGUGUUUGCAAAGUGCAAAUAACAGCCAGGUUUUUUUAGUUGUUAAGUAAAGUUGUGCCAGCUGCAAGUGUGGAGGGGAGCUGGAGAAUACGUUUAUUUCCCAAUAGUUGAGCAACGUUAGCAUCCAGCCAACCAUCCCUAAAGACCUCUAGUUCUUUGCGUUGAACACCAGGGGGCGUGUUUUCAUGCGGAUUGAUUGCGGGAAGUGGAAAAGUUGUGUUCAGUCGGCUCGUGCGCACAAGUCCGUUAGCAGAUUAAUUCUGGCGGGAACCGCUAAUCGGUCCUCGUGAAAGUCUUUUACAUGAUGUUCUUUACUGUGUUGGAAAAGUUCAACCCGUACGGUGGAAUUUGGAGACGGCUUACAUGUGUGGACGGUUGGAAACCAGAAAACACAUUUUGUUUGUUUGUUUUCUCCCUGGCAGCAACGAGAUGGCAAUAGCAUUUUUAGCAAUAGCGUCGCGCAAAACCAAAGAAGUGUACAAUCCGUAUUUCACACGGAUGGACGGAGGGCGAGUGAAAGUUGAAUAGGUAUUGGGUCACCUUGAGCCGCAACAAGUGGCUAGUCAGCUUGGUAGCAUCGGGUUCUACGUAUUUUCUGCUUCUAAUUCUUUGUCAAUUCUUUGAAGAUAGAUUGCAGCACUGAGGAUCUCCAACACUUACAUUCUGGUUCCUCUGCUGCUUUGACAUGUCUGAGCUACAUAAAGGAGGAAAACACAAGGAAACUUUGUGCUGUGAGCUACAUCGCUGCAGGAAGGAUCCUGCAGUGCCACCUAGUGUUUGGUGGUGUAAUUACAGAGCGACACCAACGACUUUUAAACACCAGCAUGGAUGUAGUAGGUGCUGUACGCUGCUUCUUCAUAGAACCAUAAAUCACGCUCAGUGAAGAAAAGGUUUACUCGUAUGAACACGUUUUAACUGAAACUUAAAUUACAGAUAUCUCUAAACUCGGACAAACCGAUCCAAAACCAUCACGACUUGACGGCAUCAAAAGUAAUUUGUUUUUGUGUGAACUUCUCCUUUAAUCAUGUUGAACCUAAUGUGAGAUGUUAUUAAUAUUGUGUUGAAUAAUUUUGGAAAUACUUUUUUUUUUUUUCUCUCCUUGCAGGUUGGAGAUUUUCUUUUGUCUUAAUUUAUUGUCGACAAAUCUCAAGACAAGAGCAGUCGAAUGUUGAUUAAACUUCCCCCCAAAUGAAAACGCAUCGACAAUGUGACAUCAGUUAGACAACAGAACAUCUCCAUCCUGAGUGGUGACGUGUGUGUGAGUGUGUUUAGCUUUAGGUACUGAUGUGAAAACAACAGCUUUGUUCACAUAAAGCUUUGUAUGAGACUUUCCACGAGACAAUGACAUGAGGUUGGGUUCAAAUGUGGAUAUUGAUAAGAUGCUUAACUGAAACCCUGUCGGCUGCCUGAACAGCACACAAACAUUAGCAAGCACAGUAUUAUUAUUAUUAUUAUUAUUGUUGUUGUUGUUCUACCAGAACGUGAGCCUCAGCAGUCCCGACAAUCGUCACGUGUCUCAUGAUUUUCAUACCAGUUCCUGAUGCAGUACGACGUGCUGAGGACCAUUUGUCUGCUACCCUUCGUUUUAUAGAAGCUGUUCAAAUAAAACAAAAAGAUCUGUUUG